UUAUCUAAAACAAAUAAAAACCCUAGCCUCCCGAGUCUUAUUUUCUUCCACUUAGGGUUUCUCUAGUCUUGGAGCACGAGAGUGAGAGGCACCGCGACAGUGACGGAGAGUGAUUCUCAUCGUUGUAACCAUGGGUCGCAUGCACAGUAGAGGUAAGGGUAUUUCGGCUUCUGCUCUUCCGUACAAGAGGACUUCACCGAGCUGGCUGAAGAUCUCUUAUCAGGAUGUUGAGGAAAACAUCUGCAAGUUUGCCAAGAAGGGUCUGUCACCAUCUCAAAUUGGUGUCAUUCUUCGUGAUUCUCAUGGGAUUGCUCAGGUGAAGAGUGUUACAGGGAGCAAGAUUUUGCGGAUAUUGAAGGCCCAUGGACUUGCUCCCGAAAUUCCUGAGGAUCUGUACCAUCUCAUCAAGAAAGCAGUCUCUAUUCGCAAGCAUUUGGAGAGAAACAGGAAGGAUAAAGAUUCUAAGUUUAGGUUGAUUCUGGUUGAGAGCAGGAUCCAUCGCCUAGCUCGCUACUACAAGAAGACAAAGAAGCUGCCACCUGUAUGGAAAUAUGAAUCUACCACCGCUAGUACUCUUGUGGCUUAGGGGAAAUAUGGUUGGUAAAAAGUUUUGAAUGCUGCUCCCAUGAAUGUGCUCUUUGGAUGAGGAACUCGGUUUUCGGUUUUUCAGUUUCUUAUGUUUUAUCAGAUUUUGAUUAAGGAACUUUCUUCAGAUAAUUGUUAUGGUUGAACAAUUUGGCAGUUGCAGUGCGUUUGAGUAA